CUGGACUUGGGCUGGACCGACAAGACCUUCUACCGGGGCAUCAGCCGGGUGGCCCUCUUCACCCACCCCCGCAAGGAGGAGAGCGUGCCCCACCUGAAGGAGGUGGUGCGGGAGAUGAUCCAGCAAGCGCAGAAGAUUAUUGCAGUGGUCAUGGAUGUAUUUACAGACCGGGACAUCUUUCGUGAUAUUGUUGAUGCAGCAUAUAAGCGCUGGAUCCCAGUCUAUAUAAUCUUAGAUGAGGAGGGUGUGAAGCUCUUCCUGGAAAUGUGCAGAUGCCUUGACCUCAGCGACUUGCAGAUCCGGAAUAUCCGCAUACGUUCUGUGACAGGAGUUGGGUUCUACAUGCCAGCAGGGAAGAUCAGAGGCACAUUGGCAUCCCGAUUCCUGAUGGUGGAUGGUGAAAAGGUGGCCACUGGAUCGUACAGCUUCACAUGGAGUUCGUCCCACAUUGACAGAAACAUCCUGCUAGUCUUGACAGGACAGCACGUGGAGAUGUUUGACGUUGAGUUUCGUGAGCUCUAUGCCAUCUCAGAGGAAGUUAAUUUAUACAAGGAACUGGGUAUUGUUAGCCCAUUCCUUCAUGGAAUUGGAAAGCCAGGCCUUCAUUCCUCCACCGUGGCUCGGAAGUUCAUUAACCCCAAGUAUGGUUUAGUGGCAGGGGCAACCCGUGGUGAUAUGAUGCUCUGGGCUUCACGACACAGGCAGGAUAAUCAGGGGAACAUGGAAAAAGAGGAAACAAGUGAGUCAAAGAAACGCUUAAAUCAGUUUCUGAAUGACUUAAUCACAUUGGAGCAAGAGUUCCCAGAAAUUAAUCCACCUUUGGAGAACUUCAACAAGCUGAAUCGGAGCCCUCAGAAACUGUUCUCCCGGCUCCACGUGGACCUGAAAAAUAAAUCCAAAUCCAGAGAGUCUAUUCGAGAUGUGAAGAAAGAAGACGCACAGGCCAAUUCAAAGCAAGGAAAACGGUUUGCCAGUGGGCUUUUCAGUCGCAAGGCCAAACGGUCUCCAGGCUCAAGUAUUGAAGCCAAUUCUUUUGCCAGUGAAGGACAUUCAGGAGAAGACCUUGGGAACAUGAAACUGGAAUAUGAGCGGCUCAGCAUUGGCCAUGCCAGUGUUCGGAGCACUGGAGGCAUCUCAGGUAACCUGGGUCCAAACUCCACUACAAGUGAUAAAAACAAACAAUCUACCUGUGUGUUAUCUUGA